AAUCUGCUACGGCUUUGGGCUUUUCUUGACAAUAGAGAGAUGUGGCACAGUCUACUGCAAGUGGCCAGAAAUGACCAGGAGCAAUGGCCCAAAUGGCUCCGCGAUAUAGCACUUAACGAGGGUAGGUUUUUAAACAUAGCGACACUGCUGCUCCGCUACUCUAUGAUCGAGGCCCGAGAGUCUAAGCAAAGCAGCUAUAUCAUACAUCCGGUAGUGCAUAGAUGGAUAUCGCAUAUACAAGAUGUCGCUGGGAAGAGAGUGUUUCUACGGCUAGCGGUAAUGUUGAUAGGAUUUUCGGUGUCCGACUGUACGACUAAGAAUUAUUGGGUACUCCAGCGACGGCUUCUCCCUCAUGCGGAGAGGUGCUCAUGGUGGAUGGGAGAAUUAGAAGGAGGAGAGUACAACAUUGCAGACAUUACUAUCGAUCAUGCAACACACAGCUUGGGCAACCUCUACUUGGAUCAGGGCUGGCUAAAGGAGGCUAAAACGAUGUAUCAGCGAGCGCUAGAAGGCUACGAGAAGGCGCUCGGACCGUAUCAUAGGUUGACUCUCGGUACAGUUUACAACUUGGGCAACCUCUAUGAGACUCAGGGCCGGCUAAAGGAGGCUGAAACGAUGUAUCAGCGGGCGCUGUCUGGUUAUUCAGCAGCCUUAGGCUCGUCCCACGCGAAAUCUCUCCUUGUCGUAAAGAAUAUAGCAUCUUUACAACUUGCAAAAGGUAGCCUCUCCCUGCAAGGACUAAUAGUUAAGUUUGCUAACAUUGACAACCAGGUUCAUCGUGAGAAAUUGAAUCGUCGUUCAAUUAUUCUUCGGCAGAUGAAAUUACCUCCACGAUAG